ACCAGUAGGCGGGACCAGAGCCGCCAAAGGCAGGGGGGCGUUUUCGUGCGGGUUUUGCGGACGGUCCGUUGCGGCGGAUGCGUGAUCGAGGUCCCGCGUCUCAUUGUCGUCCCUUCUUCCCCGGGGCCGGAGCGGGCGGCGCAGAGGAACGACGCGAAAGGCUUUGUUAUAGGAACAGAGAAGCCUUGUGUCCUCAUGAUUAAUUCAUGUCCAGCUGCGGGAUUGAAACAGAAGCGACCAGUCACACAUACAGGAGACAGGAGCACGUACUUGAAGGAGGCUGAAGUCAGGUGAUGUGCCAACAGCCACAGGGGGGCAUCUGUCCUCUCUGCCACUUAUUCAUCCCCUGAAGUUUAUGGGAUAGGAGUGUGUGCCCCUUUCCCAACACUGCAGCACCACUGGAGUCAUUUGUGCCAAAGCUGAGUUGUGCUGAAGGAGCAGACAUGGGCAGCCCGGCCUGCGAGGUGGCUCUAGCCGCGCCGCUGGAGCCAGCACUGGAACCCGUGUGCACCGAGUGCGGUCAGAUCCACCGCAGCCGGGAGAACCACCUCUACAACUACCGCCUGGAGGUGGACGACGACCUGGUGUGCCACAUCUGCCUGCAGCCGCUGGUGCAGCCGCUGGACACGCCGUGCGGACACACGUUCUGCGCCCGCUGCCUGCGUAGCUUCCUCCAGGAGAGGGACUUCUGCCCGCUGGACAGGACGCGGCUACAGCUGCAGGCGUGCCGCAGGUCCAGCAUACUGGUGCACAAGCUGCUGGACAAGCUGUCGGUGUCCUGCCCUUUGACCCCAGUCUGCUCCCUCAGCAUGCCACGCUGUGACCUGGAGGCACACCUCAAACACAGGUGUCCUGGGACGCGGUGUCAGCAGACCAGCGUGGACGCCCCGAGGUGCGAGAAUGGGGACGAGCGAGCGAUGGUGUCCAGCCCUCCCAGGUCACCGCGCUCCCCUCAGACAGACCUGAGAGACCGCACGCCCUCUCCACCCUCCGGACCUAAUAACGCCUGCAGCAAUGGGCCCGUGUGGACGGACGACGCCGGCCUUGAUAACCCUGCCUUUGAGGAAAGCACGGAGGAAGACAGUGUGGUGGGGUUGGAGUGCGUCGUCCCCAGAGUGAAGCGGCCCCUCAGUAAUCCCUGCAUCCACCUCCUUCGCUCUGUCAGCUCCACCUCGUCUGGCUGGGACUGUCCUGAGUCCCCGCCUCUCUCUGCUGAAGAGGGCUGCGUGAAGUUGCCCUCGCUUCCCGAAGGAGAGAUAACUGCCAUAGAGGUCCACCGGGCCAACCCGUACGUCGAGCUGGGCAUCAGCAUCGUCGGCGGAAACGAGACGCCGCUCAUCAACAUCGUGAUUCAGGAAGUGUACAGGGACGGCGUCAUCGCGCGGGACGGCAGGCUGCUGGCCGGGGACCAGAUACUGCAGGUAAACAAUGUGGACAUCAGUAACGUGCCCCACAGUUUUGCUCGUACCACCCUGGCACGCCCGUGCACCUCCCUGCAGCUGACCGUGCUCAGGGAGCGCCGCUGUGCCUCCCGAGCGCCUCCCUCCUCGUCCUCCUCCACUCCGGCCGUGCCGCACGCUCCCUGCUCCACUCCUGAGGGCUCCCCGUCCAGCCCCACCACGCUGAGAAUCACCCUGCACAAGCGGGACUCCACGGAGCAGCUCGGCAUCAAGCUGGUGCGGCGGACCGAUGAGUCAGGAGUGUUUGUGUUGGACCUAUUGGACGGAGGCCUGGCGGCGAAGGACGGCAGACUGAGGAGUAACGACCGUGUUUUGGCAGUCAACGACCAGGACCUACGCAACGGUACCCCAGAGCAAGCUGCACAGAUUAUACAGGCCAGUGGAGAGAGAGUCCACCUGCUCAUCGGCCGACCCAGCAAGCCGACUCCACCCCCGCCACCAAAAUCGAGCUCCACCAGAGACCUCUACUGCCUUGAUCACUUCCUGCCUAACCACAGCUUGACCCCGAGUCCUGUGCCCCUGCUCCUGUCUCGCACCAGCACCCACAGAGACCUUUCCCAGUGUGUGUCCUGUAAGGAGAAACACAUCACUGUAAAGAAGGAACCCCUCGAGUCUCUGGGAAUGACCGUCGCAGGAGGGAGGGGCAGUAAGAGUGGCGAGCUGCCCAUCUUCGUGACCAGCGUCCAACCACACGGCUGCCUGUCGAGGGACGGACGAAUCAAGCGAGGUGACGUCCUGCUGAGCAUCAACGGGGAGGACUUGACGUACCUGAGCCACAGCGAGGCUGUGGGCACCCUGAAGGCCAGCGCUGCUUCGCCCUCCGUCCAGCUGCGAGUGCUGGAGGUCAGCAUGGUGGAGGAGCACGACCACGACGAGCUGCUGUCCCACACUCACGACAGCGACUUUGAUGCCAACUGGUCGCCGUCGUGGGUCAUGUGGUUGGGCCUGCCCAGCUACCUGCACAGUAGUCAUGAGAUCGUGCUGCGGAGGAGUCAUCCCGGCAGCUGGGGCUUUAGCAUCGUCGGGGGAUACGAGGAGACCCACGGAAACCAGGCGUUCUUCAUCAAGACCAUAGUCCUUGGCACACCUGCGUACUACGACGGCCGCCUCAAGUGCGGCGAUAUGAUUGUUGCAGUUAACGGCCUUUCGACAGCAGGAAUGAGCCACUCUGCUCUGGUGCCCAUGCUGAAGGAGCAGCGCAGCCGGGUGGCGCUGACUGUGGUCUCCUGGCCCGGCAGCCUGGUGUAGCUGGGGCCAGAUCGUAAGCAGGGCUGCGCACCACACUAAUCCCACCCAGAACGUUCUAUAUAUGGAACAACCUUGGCCAAAGUGAAGUGGUACAUCGCUCCAUACCGGGCUUAAUCCAGGACCAAAAGCAUUCAGAACUGUAGUAGACCCAGCAGGACUAAGCCUGUCCUGACCAGGCGGGAACUGAUCCAGAUCGUGCCACGUCACUCGACAGGCUGCGCUCACAAACGCACUGCUGUGUUCAUAUGGUCAUGUUGUCUUCACUCCCGCAGGGAGAACGGUACUGCAACUGUUAACAGGCGAUCUGUGCUGUAUUCAUGUCAUCGGGCAGUUGUAGAAUCCGGGGCUCUAUUCAGGUGGAUGCAUCGUUGCCGGUAGAGAUAGAUUUAAAAAAAAUAAAAAAUGAAAGUAGCCCGUUAUCUGGAAUAAUGACCUGAAAUCACGUUUAAAUAAGUUCUUUAACACCAGCGCUGUAUCCAGCUGAAUAAGCCUCAGGCCUUAUUAGAAAAAAAACCUGCCUCGCCCUGGGGGGGGCUCAGAUACCCUUAGGCCUCAUCACCAUAGCAACCAGUUGUCCCAUCAGCUGGAGUUUUAUACAUGUGUGAAUGUGUGUUUGUUAAAUAAACAUUUCCUUGAAGGGACCAGUUCUA